UUUUUUUUUAUUUUUUUUAACAAAAUGGAUGUACAGACUCUCUAUGAAAAAGCACUUCGUUCUUAUUUACUUCGAAAAUACACACCAGCUGCCACUACUUGUUUAAGGGCCAUCGCAGCUUCUGAACCACACGAUCAGUCAAGCUUGUUAAAAGUGAAUAUCUGGACACUUUACUUGAAUAUCGCCUCUACUUUACUCGAACAUACACCCUUUUUAGGUAUCAAUAUCAAAUCACUCGGUAUUGAUCAUGCUCCUUCUGAACAAGAAUUAUGCCGUGCUAUUUGGAACAAAGUGACACAUGAAGGAUUUGGUAGUGUCAGUGAUACAGAUGCAAGAAUUGUAUCUUCUUGUUUAGUGAUGUAUUUGAAAUUGGAUCAACUUGGCGUGGCAAGAGAUGCUGCUGAAGCAUGGUUUGCUGCCUUAUCUGAUGAAUUUCUAGAUCAUAUUGCAGCAAACCAAGACCAGGAUCAAAUAGCCUUGGGUUACAUCUCAGUAGUGGAUCUAUAUAUCACACGUAUCUUACCUGGCAUGGAAGAUUUUGAAUCAGCAAAGACAUUUGUUCAAUACAAUUCUGUUCUAAAUGAGGCCAAGAAAAAGGGACUAUUGGCAAACCUUCAAGAUCAACAGACAUUGGUUGAGAAUGAACGCCAACAAAAAAAGAAGCUUGAAGAGGCUGCCAAAUUAGCAGCAGAAGAGAAACAAAAAGAAAUAGAGAGAAGACAACUAGAAGAAGCUGCUUAUUUGAAACAAGAGCAAGAAAAAACAUCCAAAGAACAAGAAGAGCAACAGGAAGAGGUUGUAUUAGAACAAGAGCCAGAACAAGAAAGACAACCAUUGCCAGCAGUGUCGUCUUCACGUUCGAUGAUAAGCACAACCAAAAAAAUACAAGAUUGGAUCCAUCAGAUCACAACAAAAGGUAUGACAACUUCAGGUGUUGUGUUGGUCUUGCUCUUUGCCUUAUUUGCCUUAUUGCGUGGACAACGAGGACGAUUCUCUGCUGCCUUACAAGCCUUUUUAAACAAGUUAUGGCAGACUGUCAAAAUGGGAACUAAAGUAACUUAUAUGUAGACUUUCCAUCAAAUAAAACGCAAUACUUUUUUUUAAUAAUAA